CUGUCCCCUCACUGUCCCUGUCCUGUCCCAGGUGAUGCGGGACCCGAACACGAAGCGCUCUCGGGGGUUCGGGUUCGUCACGUACUCCUCGGUGGAGGAGGUGGACGCCGCCAUGAACGCGCGGCCGCACAAGGUGGACGGGAGGGUCGUGGAGCCCAAGAGGGCCGUGUCCAGAGAGGACUCCCAGCGGCCCGGCGCCCACCUGACGGUGAAGAAGAUCUUCGUGGGGGGCAUCAAGGAGGACACGGAGGAGCAUCACCUGCGGGACUAUUUCGGGCAGUACGGCAAGAUCGAGGUCAUCGAGAUCAUGACCGACCGCGGCAGCGGCAAGAAGCGCGGCUUCGCCUUCGUCACCUUCGACGACCACGACUCGGUCGACAAGAUCGUCAUCCAGAAGUACCACACGGUGAACGGGCACAACUGCGAGGUGCGCAAGGCGCUGUCCAAGCAGGAGAUGGCGAGCGCCUCUGCCAGCCAGCGAGGCCGCAGCGGCUCCGGAAACUUCGGCGGCGGCCGCGGAGGAGGAUUCGGCGGCAACGACAACUUCAACCGCGGCGGCAACUUCGGAGGCCGCGGUUACGGGGGCGGAGGCGGCCCCGGCUACUCGGGGGGUAACCGCGGCUACGGCGGCAGCGGCUCCUACGACGGCUACAACAACGGCGGCGGCGGCUUCGGCGGCGGCAGCGGCGGCAGGAGACCCGCCCGGGGGCCAGCGCUCGCCGUGCGCAACGGGCUGGCCGAGGCGGGCACAGGCAGCAAUUUCGGGGGCGGGGGCAGCUACAACGACUUCGGCAGCUACAACAACCAGGCCUCCAGCUUCGGGCCCAUGAAGGGCGGCAGCUUCGGGGGGCGCAGCUCGGG